AAAUAAUCGAGGAGUACCCUGGGUUAUUAUCAGGUCGGAAUUUAGCUCAACCUUUAAAAGAAGAUGACUGAAGCAAGUGCAAUGAUCCAAGACAACCUUAACGAUGACAGCUCAGAUCAACCAGAGCUUCCUUCACCCAAAAAAAGAAAAAUGCCAUGUGAGAAGUUUUCCUCUACCGAUGCUGCUGACGUAUUGAAACAACAGGAUGCUGGAGAUAAUAAGGUAGCCAGUCCAGCUGCACUCCAGUCUUCUGACUCCACCCUGCAGCUGUCUGUUGUAAUUUCUGUCCAAAAUCAGGCAGAGGCACAUUCCUCAUUUACCAAAUUAGAUGUCACUCCGGACAAAAAUGUUGAGGAAUCUAUUGUGAACAAGAUUGUUGAUGAGCAACAAGAAGCAACAGUCACCCAUCCUAUCAGUGAUUCCCAAAUAAAGAGGCCUCCUGUAAGGGAUGAAAACAACAGUGGAAAGGAAGAGGAAGAAGAAAAAAUGACCAAGGAAUGUGACAGCACACUUUCUCAAACAUGUACUGAUCAACACCAGGUGACUCCAUUGACCUUUGAAGAAGUGGGUUCAACUGCCCUGGAAGAUCAACAGAAGACAAAGGAUUACCUUCAGUGUGAUUUAGAAAGAAACCAAAACAUGUACCAAGAUGCACUGAGCACAGAUGAAGACAAGGCAAAGCAAGAAGACAAAGCAGCAGUGGUAGGAGAGAUAACCAAAAAGAGGAAAAGGAUGGGUAUGUAUGGUCUGACAGAGAAGGAGCGAAGUCAUAUUUUACAGACAAAUAAGGGUGUAAAUGGACAAGGUAUUGAGGAGUUUGAACCGCAAAUCUCCAUUCAUAAAGUUGACAGUGAAGCAUCUCUCUCACCACCAUCAAUGCUUCAAACUCCCGUGCCCUCUAAUGCGGAAGCGAAGCAGGAAGAGAUACUUCUCUCCAGUCUGGACAACACAGACAGACAAGAAACAAAAGUCCAAAUUUCUGCCACUCUCUCUGAUGUGAGUGAGACUGUGUGCAAGCCAAUUUGCCACACGACAAUGGAAGAGGAAGAUAAUCUGGAAAAGCCAUAUCCCAAAGAUGUUGACUGUGGAUCAUCAAGCCUAACUCCUGGUGAUCUGGAGGUGCAGUGUGUUGUCAUAACAAUUGAUGAGAAGAUGUACCGUGAUGACGCUGUGGACUGUGAUGAAGACAGAGCAGGUGCAUCAUCUGCUAACACCCAGCAACAAGAUGAUGCUGUCAAACUAUGUGAGGCUGCACCCUCUACUGGUUUGGAAGGGAUGGACAUGCCACAACGUGAUUAUAACCUACACAAGAUGGAUGAUGGGAACAAUCAGAGAUUUGUGCUGUUGAUGGACAUCAAUCUAAUUGGGGCUGGUCAUGAUGAUGGGCUUCAUCUUUGUGCGAUGAAUACAGAGCAAUCGCAUCCCAUGAACUCAACUGACCUGCUUGGAUCUGGGUGCUUCGAUGUUCUCUCAGACUCACAGCUCAAUAACAUUACGUUACUUGAAGAUCAAGCUAUAAAGGAGAAAGCUGUUAACCCCUCAGGCUGUGAAGAUGCCUCAGUAUUGAUGUGUGGACUCAUCAAGGAACUCUCUUUUCUAAAUCGAACCGUUAUGGCUGCUCAUCGAGAGAUUGAGAAUAUGCGGCGUGCCAGCAAGAAUUCAAGGAAUUUACCUCGCUGAGAUUUGGCCCGCGUAUAUGAGAUGCUAAGUUUGUCAUCAUAAGCAUUUGUUGUUUCGAAUGUUAUCGAGCAAUUUGGCAGUAAAUUGUUUUGUAGCACAAAUUCCAUUUUGAUGUUGACUUGUUACUGAUUAUUUCUCCAGGAGUGUCAUUCUUUCACAUAACGGUACUUUAAUACAGGGUCACUGUGUCAAGAUAAAAAAAAAUAAUAAUAAUUUUUUUAAACAUUGUCGCAGAACACACGUAGUUCACUGCAGUGUUGACUGGAGGAGCUACUCUGUCAUCUUUUAAAAAAAAAAAAAGCAGAAAUCUUUAAUGACAUUUUGAACUUAAAAAGUACCCACACCAGUUUUGAAUCGCUCCUAUUACACAUAGCCAUAUGAAAACAAAAAUUUAAAUUUAUUUCUCUGUUGCCCGCCUGUGCGUUGCCAGGCAAUGGUCAUUCUAGCAGGCAAAAUUUUUAUUUAACAAAUUAGAUGACUGCUGUGGUCAAGCUUGCUUUAUAUGUCACCAAUACUGUAACAAACUAAGACUAUGUUGUGCUGUGUUCAUUGUUAUGUUCCUAUUAGAGGGUUUACAGCAAGCUUCUGUUGGACUGAUCGCUGAUAUUUCAAUUAUUUAUAAUUGUCAAAGCAUGCCCUGACAUUGACUGGCGUCCAGUUCUUUGUUAUUAUUAAAAAACAACAAAAAACAAAGUUUCAUUAGUACUUUUCAGAAUUUUUAUUGUGCGUCAGAUAUUACAGC